UUAACAGUAAUAAAAUUAUAAAUCAAAACAAUAUCCACAAAACUAUCCUAUUAUUAUUUUUGGUAAUAUAUCCAAAUCUUUUACAGAACCUUACUAAGAACUACUCCAAAAUAUACAUUAAAAACUCAUCCACUUAUUCCUUAUUCAUCCUAUUUGUUCUAGCUAGCAAAAAGUAGAGUAAUUAAUUAAUAAGAUGACAACACAGGAGCAGGAGGCCGAUGCGAGGCAGAAGAGAAUACUAUCAAACAGAGAGUCAGCUAGACGAUCAAGGAUGAGGAAACAACAAUACAUUGGUCAACUCGAACAGAGGGUGAUUUCUCUUGAAGCUCAAGUAAUGGCAUUGACUGAUAAACUGCGAUCUAAGGAGACGAUCAUUCAGAUUAUCAAGGAAGUUACUGGUAUUUCCAUUGAUACUAAUUAUGGUUAUGGUAAUUAUAAUUAUAAUUUGCGUAAUCAGUUUCUGAAUGAUGUUUGUGAAAUUGCUAAGGGUAUUGCUGAUAUUCCAGAGAGUCUGAUUGCUCAGAUUAUGAAUGAGGUUACUCAAGUUUAAUUCAGACUCGGUGGCCGUAUUAGUGUUUUUAGGUUUAUUUUAUAAUUAAUUACUUACUGUUAAGGAAAUUCUACAAGUAAAACGAUAGCUUUUGUGUCUUAUUAUUGUUAUUAUAAGCCAAGAUCUUAUGUACGUUUCUGUUUUAAUCAUAU